AAUAAGUAGCAAAUUGUUCUGGUAUUUAGGGAUUGAGAGUAAGAAUGGGAAGGGUGAAGCGAGUGGAGAGCAAUAGUAAGAGGCAAUCCACUUAUUGCAAACGAAGAUGUGGAAUCCUGAAGAAAGCCCAGGAGAUUUCUGUGCUAUGUGAUAUAGAUAUUAUCCUUCUUUUGUUUUCCCCAACUGGGAAACCAACGCUACUUCAAGGCGGAACAAGCAAUUUUGAUGAAAUAAUUGCAAAAUUUGCUCAAUUGACUCCUCAAGAAAGGGCAAAAAGGAAGUUGGAGAGCCUUCAAGUAAGUCUGAUAUUCAUCACCACUAUGUGUUUUCCUCCUUCUAUGGUUUGUUGUUACUUCUUAAUCCACUUGAAAGUGAUAACAAUGCUAAUGGUUACACUCCAGACAUUGAGGAAGACUUUUAAGAAGCUUGACAACGAUAUAGGCGUGCCAGAGUUUCUAGAUGCUAGUGAUCCAUCAGUUGAAGAAUUGCAAAGCCAAGUGAAAGUUGUGCAAUCUCGGCUUACUGAUUUAGAAAUGAGACUCAACUGGUGGAGCAAUCAUGAUAAGAUAAAUAAAGUGCAAGAUCUCGCGCUGAUGGAGUGUGCACUAAGGGAGUCACUUAAUGCAGUUCAUGUUCGGAAGCUCCAGAACACGACACAUUUGCAUCUUUUGAUGAACAGUGAAGUAGAUGGGCAAACUCAUCCAUGGCAUCCAGAAAAUAAAAUCCUGCACAUGCCAUUCCCUCAGACACCAAACAUUCUACCCCAGGAAAAUAUGGGAUACUCCGGAGAUAAUUCAGUUUCUGAAUCUUCUCAUGUUCUGGACUCUGGAAAAGUUGAUCAAGCAAGACAGGCAACAACUGCAAUGCUAGAUAACAGUGUCUUGAAUGAUCUAAAUAGUAUAGCAUGCUUGAGACAGCAACUAAGUGAGCAGUAUUCAUACAACCCCAAUGAUAAUCUUGAUCUGCUGGAAAGGAAAAUAUUGAAUCCUCAGAUUGAUGCCAAUUUGAAAGGAUAUUUGAUGGAUUAUGAAUUUCAAAGAAACUUUAAUCUAACAAGGUCUGUGGAUUCAGUCAAUUAUAGUGCAGCUGAUGCCGUUGCUGUUCCAGAUAUUGAUGAAAAAUCAUAUGCACAGCCAGCAACUUCCAGUGAUUAAACAUUUGAGAUAAGUCAUACUACUUGUGUAGAAUCUGUGAUCGCGGGUGAGGUUUACAGGUGCAGUGGUUGUUGAUAGAUAAUUAUGUUUGAAUAUGUAUAAUUGUUUUGCUUAGCGAACCCUGACACCACACAUGGUGAAAGUAGAAUAAGAGUUUGUUCAUAAAUGAGAUCUGAAUAAAAGACCAAUUUCACUUUGCUUCAAUAAA